AUGGAAUCAAAUCGAUUAAUUCAUAUUGAAGCAUGUUUCAAAGGUCGUGUUAUUAACUUAACUUUUGUGUAUGGUGAUCCAAUUCUUAAAAACUGCGAUUUGGUUUGGGAAUGGUUAAUCAGAAUUGGUAUCACUCGGUCCACACCUUGGUUUCUUAUUGGGGAUUUUCAUGAAUUAACGGGUAAUCAUGAAAAAUGGGGAGGGCGGUUACGUUCUGCUUCCUCUUUUCUUGCUUUUAAUGGAAUGAUUAGGGAUUGUGGACUCCUGGAUUUCCCCUUUCUGGGGGAUUGUUUGUCUUGGAGAGGUUGGCGGGAUAAGAAGCCUAUCCAGUGUAGGUUGGAUAGAGCCUUGGACAAUGAGGAUUGGCAUGAUUUAUUCCCCGAUACGGUGACUGAAUAUCUACCGAUGAUCGCGUCUGAUCACAUUCCCCUGGUGACGAGUAUAGGUGCGAAGAGGCCACGGGGACGGCGGAGUUUUAUGUUUGAUCGGCGUUGGGUCGGUAAGGCAGGCUUGAUGGAGGCGAUUUCGUCGGGUUGGAAUGCGGAUCAUGACCCAGGCUCGUCCGGAUUUGUGGAUAAAAUUGUGUCCUGUCGACGGGCGAUUUCUCGCUGGCGUAAGACGCAGAUCCCUUUUGGUAGGGAUUUGAUCGAGGAACUUAAACGGAAAUUAGAGGUGGCUCAGGCGGAUGAUGCGUCUACACCGGAGUUAAUCUCGGAUCUGAGUUCCCAGUUGCUCGCGGCAUAUCGGGAUGAGGAAAUUCAUUGGUAUCAGAAAAGUAGGAAUCGCUGGAUGCGGGAUGUUUGGUCAACAGACGAUGGGGAUAUUUGUGACAUGGAGGUCUCGUAUUUCGAGGACCUGUUCACUUCGAUUAAUCCAGACAAUUUUGAGGAGGUUUUACGGGAGGUUAAUAUGGUCAUAACGGAUGCGGAUAAUACCCGGUUAACUGCUCCGGCGACGGAAGUAGAGAUCCGAAAGGCUUUGUUUAUGAUGCACCCGGAUAAAGCGCCAGGGCCGGACGGGAUGACUGCUUUGUUUUUCCAGAAGGCAUGGACUGUUGUCAAGACUGACCUUGUCUCUAUGGUUAACCAGUUUCUGGAGGAGGGUGAUUUUGAAAAAGGUUUAAAUCGGACGCAUAUUUGUCUUAUUCCUAAGGUGGUAAAGCCGACGCGGAUGACGGAGUUGCGUCCCAUCAAGACGCAAACGGCUUUUGUUCCGGGUCGUUUGAUUUCGGACAAUAUUUUGAUUGCUCAAGAAAUGUUUCAUGGGCUGCGGACGAACCGAUCGUGUAGAGGAAAAUUUAUGGCAAUAAAGACGGAUAUGAGUAAGGCGUAUGAUAGGGUUGAGUGGGGCUUCCUUAAGGCGAUGUUUCGGAAAAUGGGUUUUUCGGAACGAUGGAUUUCCUGGAUCAUGUUCUGCGUCUCCUCGGUGGAGUAUCGGGUUCUCCUUAAUGGGCAACCAAAUGGAUUAAUUGUUCCGGAGCGGGGCCUGCGACAGGGGGAUCCCCUGUCUCCUUAUUUGUUCAUAUUAUGCACAGAGGUUCUUAUUGCAAAUAUCCAGAAGGCGGAGGCGGUUAAGCGGAUUAUGGGUAUUAAGGUGGCAAAUAAGUGCCCGCCAAUCACCCAUUUGCUAUUCGCGGACGAUGGCCUUUUCUUCUGUAAGGUGGAUAAGGAUCAAUGCAUGGCGAUUUUGGAGAUUUUACGGCAUCACACGGUUGAUGCGGGAGUCCAGGCGGAAAUACAGGGAGUACUAGGGAUCACAAAUCUGGGGGGAAUGGGUUCUUAUUUGGGUAUCCCUGAGAGUCUGGGAGGGUCCAAGACUAAGGUUUUCUCUUAUGUGAGGGAUUGUUUGCAAAGUCGUACGACGGGGUGGUCGGCGCGGUUACUUUCGAAAGGGGGGAAAGAGGUUAUGGUCAAGUCAGUCGCGACGGCGGUCCCGACUUUUGUGAUGUCUUGCUAUCGCCUCCCAAAGACAAUCACAUCUAAACUGACCAGUGUCGUGGCAAAUUUCUGGUGGAGUACAAAUGGCCAAUCCGGGGGUAUGCACUGGAUUGCAUGGGAACAGCUCUGUUGUAGCAAACAGUUAGGAGGUUUGGGCUUUAAGAGCAUUGAUGAUUUUAAUACGGCUCUGUUGGCCAAGCAAUUGUGGAGAUUAUUAGAGUACCCGAACUCCCUAUUUGCCCGGGUUUUUAAAAGUAGAUAUUAUCGGAACUCAGAUCCUUUGGAUCCAAUACGAUCUUAUUCACCCUCGUACGGGUGGAGGAGCAUCGUUUCUGCUUGCUCUCUGGUGAACAAAGGCCUUAUUACACGGGUUGGCUCGGGGUCCUCCAUUUCUAUAUGGAGUGAUCCCUGGGUCCCAGCCCAAUUCCCGAGACCAGCCUUAAGUAACGGUCCUUUUAAGGACCCAAAUCUCCGGUUACCUUAUUUGAUUGAUCGUCGUACAAGAUCAUGGCGGAAGGAUCUUCUCACCCAGCAUUUUGAUCCUUUGGAUGUUGCACUGAUUGAGGCUAUCCCUCUCGGUAGUGAUAUUAAGGAUGAUUGUUUAGGGUGGCAUUUUACCAAAACAGGGAAAUACACAGUGAAAUAUGGAUAUGAGACGGCACGUCGGGACGUCCAGGGUCCUUUUCGGGCCUUGGGUUCUGGGCCAGAAAUUACCCCCUUUAUUGUCUGGGCUUUGGCUAAUGUUCCUGUGGGACCUCAGCAUUUCCCGAUGGAGUCGGUCUAUACUAAUCUAGAUCAUUUUCUGGAUCCGAACGGCCCGGGUUCACACAUCACAGCCUUUCCUUGGCUGAUGUGGUAUCUUUGGAAAGCUCGGAAUGCACGUGUUUUCGAGAACUUGGAUGAACGCCCGGAUGUGGUUGUCCGGGUGGCAGAGAGUGAGGCGGUUACUUGGCAGAAGGCUCAGGUGGAUGUUGAGGGAGACGAGAUCACCUCCAUCCCUCCACGUCCGUCAUCGGGACCUCGUCUGGGUAUAUCACUCCCUCAGGAUUUUACGGGCUAUCGAUGUUAUGUGGAUGGCUCCUGGAAGGAAACAGAUGUUUUUGCAGGUGCAGGAUGGUGCUGUAUCUCGUCACAAAACACGCCCCCGGUGCUUGGUGCGACCAAUUUCCGGUGA